AACUGCAUAUAACUCGUUAAUCAUAAAAUGGACAGUGGUGUGUAACAUUGUACGGGUACUGAAGGAAUGGAAAGGCAAUUAACUUCUUAAAAAGAAUAUCAAGAUAUUUAAAUAUGGAUACGGCAAAGGCACAUUUGAUCCUGAUGCCUUUUCUUUUACUCGUGUUAGUUGUCACAAAAAGCAAUGCGUGCUCGUGUUCUGAAACUGUCCGUCUUGUUGAUGGACCUACAACAAAUGCAGGACAUAUUGAGCUUUACUAUGAUGGUAAAUGGAGAGCAUUUUGCGACGAUGAAAUUUAUUAUGACGAAACUUCACUUCAGGGAGGCAAAACAGCAGCUGUUGUUUGCAGAAGUCUUGGAUAUACGAUGGGCUAUGAAAGUGUGACACAUUCUUCUCCUUAUGGAAAUAGUGGUGGGCAUAUAUGGCUGAAUAAUGUACAAUGUGAAGGGACAGAAAGCAGAUUGGAGGACUGUACAUUUCUAGGCCCAUGUAGGGAUAACUUUCUAGUGGGUGUUGUCUGUAGAGGAGAAGUUGACUGCUGUGAUAAACCUAAAGUACUCCCUGAAAUACAGCACAGCAGGACAGGGGAUAUAGGGGAUAUAUUCAAACCCUAUCUUCAAUUCCAAUGCUCUCUUCAGUCGAACGAAACAUUAUUUUAUUAUGUGAAAUGGUAUGUUGAUGAUAAAUUUGUCUUACAAAAGGGACCUUCUAACAUGACAGCUGAUCUUGUUCUAACAGAAUUUGAACUGCCCAAGCGAGAACUUGGGUUUUACGUAAAAUGUGGUACAAUAGUCGUGAAUGACAUUGGUGAUGAGUCUAAUGAAACCAUAAGUAACCAGUUUUACGCAGGAUUUAAAGUCAACCAACCAGACGUGACCGUUUCCAAAGGUGGUUAUAAUACUGUAACAGUGACUCAAACAGUACCUAUUGGAUGCCAAUACAGUGAAAAUGACUCACCCGACUGCUCCACAUCACUGUCAUUGUAUGAUCCAAACCUCAGUGAAAAUUCAUGCGACGCGGGCAUAAGUGUCGUGAAUGCUGAUGACGACGAUAAGUGUGUCAACGAAAUUUUGGCUCAAAAAUCAAAAAAAAUUCUGGACUCCGAUAUUGUCUACGUAUUCCGUAUUGCAACAGUUGACAAAAACUACGAUGAUGCAACCAAGUUUGAUUUACGUCUCCAAGUAGGAAACAAUGCUAAUCUUGGAUUGGGACAAAACUAUGUUGUUGACAAUACAGUUCAUGUUAAUGUGGAAUCUACGGACAGCUAUCAGAAUAGAAUGUGCUACUCACAUGUUGACCCGCAUAUGAGAACAUGUGACGGCAAUCACUAUGAAAACCAAAGGCCAGGAUUCUAUAUGUUAUUCCAUCAUAAGGAGUCAGAUGUUGAGGUCCAGGAAGCAACAAAAUAUUGUUGGGGAGGAAAAUCUGGUCCUGUGUGUACGUGUGGUAUUGCCGUUAGAGCCGGUGGCGAUGUGUUCAUGAUCAAUCGAUGUGGCAGCAUAAACUUGUUGGAUUUUUUGCAUUGCGAUGACGGUGGAAUUAUUCACGUCGAACGCGUCAAUGACCAUAAAUAUAAGAUUUUAACACCGACUGGAACAAAGAUCGUAGCCAACUUGCAUUAUGGAAAUACAAUGAAUAUCGACGUUUUUAUUUCGGCCAAAGACUUUGGAAAAACGGAGGGUCUUUGCGGGCUCUGUGACGCAAACUCUUCAAAUGAUUUUGUUCAUAGCGACGGUUCUACUUCUAACAACAGAAAUGCUGAUUACAAGUUUUCCGAAAGUUGGAGAUUAGCAGACAAUCUCAAUUUGUUCACUUUUUCAAAACGGAUUUUGGAAAGUUGGGCCAAUAAAAAUGAAGCUACUUGCCGAUGUGCUAAUGGAAAAUGCACUAUUCAGCGUCAAAGAGAGUGUAGUACUGAGACUGCCGAGUCAAUAACAAAAACAAAAUGUGAUAUACAAAAUCGGAAAAGGCGAGAACUUGGAGAAUACAACCAUCAAAAGGAAUUGGAUCGCCUUUAUGGUUUAAUGUCGACUCCACGGAAAAGUAAAGCUAAGAGAAGCGUUGAAACACCCGUCACAGAAGAAGAGGCACAAGCUGUCUGUAACCAGUCUGUUUACACAUCACCCGCAGUAACAGAUUUCCCAGAUAAAACUGCUGAUGAAGACCCCGACGAAGUGGUGAAACAAUGUGCGUUUGAUGUAAAGGAAUCGAAUGACAAAUCCUGGGCAAAUGUUCACGUGGAAGCUAUCAAUACAAUCGCGACAAACAUUUUAGAACUUAAUCCUGUUUAUGUUGCAAAUAAAACGGAAGAAGUUAAUGUAUUUAUGAAGCAAACAUGUCUUAAUAAUUGUAGUGGAAAUGGAGUCUGUACAGAGACAGGCAAAUGUAACUGCACAAGUUGGUACAGGGGCCCUGACUGCAGUUAUGAUCUACGUGUGCCUGUAGUGAUAGAAGAUAUCCAAGGCGGAGGGGAAUGUGACAAAGCCAAUUCUUCUAAUUGUGCCUGUUUUACUAUUCGGACAGAUAAUAUCUUCGAUGGAUUCUUUUGUCAAACAACUAUUUCCAGGAUCGAUAAAAAUGGCCAAGAGGUCACUUUAGUGGACCAUCAUAAAGAAAAGGGUGGAUAUGAAGACAUUUUUACGGGAACGUGCUGUAUAACUACCGAACAAGAAGAUUUCUCAUCAGAAAUGAAAGAUUAUAUUCACGUGUAUAAGUUCUCUGCAAGUAAUGACGGUAACAAUUUUGGAGAUGCACAAACAGUUUAUGUAUAUGAUACAACGUGUCAUGAUGUUAAUAUAAAUGGAACGAACAUGAACGUUACACUAAAGGACAACUUUUGUUUCAUCGAGGGUCAGUGUUUCUAUGAAGGGGAAGUGUCGUUAACAAGUUGCAGGUUUUGUAACUCAACUGAAAAUGCUCGAAACUGGACAGGGUAUAACCAGUGUUUGAAUGGGGGAACUUGCGCAUAUCGAGACAUCCAACAUACAUGUGAUUGUGUCCCGGGUUAUACGGGAAGUACUUGCGAAACAGAUAUAGAUGAAUGUUUGUCACUUCCUUGUAAGAAUAAUGGCACGUGCGUUGAUGUUGUCAAUGGAUACAUUUGCAAUUGCUCGGAUGGAUAUGAAGGUCAAAGCUGCGAAACUGAUAUAGACGAUUGUGUAGAAAACCCAUGCGGGUCUGGAGGUGAAUGUGUGGAUAAAGUGAAUGGUUUCAGUUGCAACUGUAGACAAGGUUACACUGGUGAUGUUUGUGAAACAGAUAUAGACGAAUGUUUAUCUCAGCCAUGUACGAAUGGGGGUUCGUGCGUAGAUCAGGUCAAUGGGUACAAUUGCACAUGUGCGGAUGGCUAUGGGGGCACCACGUGCAAUACUGAGGUUGACGAAUGUUUGUCGGAUCCUUGUCAAUUUGGGAACUGUACUGAUAUAUUUGCUGGCUAUGUGUGUACUUGUAUGGAGGGAUAUGAAGGACAGAAUUGUGAAAUAGAUACCAAUGAUUGUGUACCGUACCCGUGUCAACAUAGUGGUACUUGUGUAGACUUUGUCAAUUCCUAUAAAUGUGCAUGUGCAGAUGGCUAUAAUGGAACUCACUGUGAAAUAG